AUGGCAACAUUACCUUUCACUGCGAAAAGUUCCCUUGAAGGACACCCGAAUCCGGAUCGCAAAGAAAUUGGAUUUCUCGCCAUGCUUGGACACCUCCUCUGCCUCGCGGCCUUCCUCCCGGCCAUCCUGGCCCAAGGAGGAUCCCUGGAGACGUUCGAUGAUCUCGUCGCAGCUCUUCGGGCUGGCCAUCGCGUUGCUGCCAAUUUCGACACCAGUUUGUGCGAAGAUGCCACUGUUCCCGAGCCCGUCAGGCGAUGUAGCCAGGAGGCUUUUUUACUAGCUGAUGGAACGUUCUUCCUCGUCUUCACGUUCGUGAAUUCUGACGGGGACGCCUGGUUCACUGCCUACGAGGUGGCCACGGAAACGGGUCUCGUCAUCAACGAUUUCUAUGCGACUUGCACGCUUGGCGUUGGAGUUUCUCUCGUCGAAAGGGGCUUGAACCAGCCCGACACUACAUUUACAUCGUACGAUGAGCUGACGUAUGCAAUGAAGCAUGGAUAUCAAGUCACGCUCACAGUCCGAAUCCUCAUGUUAUACCCAUUCAUGCUGAUGAGGAAAAGCGAUGACACGACUCCUUCCGAUACAGACGAGGCAGGAAACGAGAUUCUCAUCGUAGAAUCGCCCGCCCUGUCGCUAAGCGCGGUCGAGGGCCAGACGGUUUACACAGUCACAAGGGUCAUCGUUCAUUCGAAUGGAACCGCCUUCAUAUCGUCCAAUCACUACAACACCCAGACCUGGGAGGACGAAUAUCCUUAUCCCGAAGGAUUCCUGUGCGUCUUCGCGGAAUCCGUCAACUUUCACUACGCCAGUGUCGCUGGAAACUUGGUCGUGGAAGAAUUCUCCGUGACCACAGACGACAGGCUCCACGAUAAGAUUACCAUCUUCGACCCAUUGACUCCUGGUAACUCAAGCGUUACCAUUUUCGAUUGCACAAUGGUCGACGGAGUCGAAUUCUCUGCCCCCGCCUAUGACUUUCAUCAGAGGUUUGAUGAAGUCAUCAGAGGUUUGAUGAAGAAAUGCGUUGGGUUCAUUAUCCACAACCGUAGUGUGGAGUUGACGGAUUUCUCGUCGCUCCUCGAGGCGCAACUGAGUGGAUCGAAACUGAUGACAAAGAUCGACUUCGGUGAAUGCUUGGACCCGACCGGCCAAGUCGACACCGCCGGUGUCACAGCCGGCGCAUACCUCCAAGACCUCCUGGUCCUCGGUCCCGACAGAGAAUCGCUGGAGAGCUUCGAGGACUUGGUCGCGGCGCUUAGGGCUGGUCAUCGCGUCCAAGCAAAUUUCAACAGAGACUUCUGCGAAGAGUCCAACUAUCCUUCACAAAGGGUGGUGUCGGUGCAAUUCAGCAGAUGGCAAUACACCGAGGUGGAACUGCAAGUUCCGGCCGUCGUCGCCGUCCAGCCGCCGAUCAUGAUCGACGGCUGGUUUUCGCUGAUCUUCUCGUACGUGGACGCCGACGGUCUUGCCAUAUUGGAAGAAUACACGAUUUCCGCGGAAACGGGCGCCGUCGUCAGCAAUAACUUCAUGUCCUGCACGACCGGCGUCGGAACCUUUUUCCUCGAGAAGGGCAACCGACAGCCCGACACUGCUUUGACAUCGUACGACGAAGUCAUGGCGGCCCUCACGGAAGGCCGUCAACUGACGCUCACGGCCAAGGCCACCGACUGCGAACAUCCCCUGCCCCCCGAGGUCAUCCUCGCCGAGGGCGGAACCACCUCCUACCAGUGGGUCGUCCCCCCAGGCGACACAUACGACUCCUACGCGACCUCCGCCGAAGUCGACGCCGCCCUCUUGGCCGGGAAGGACCUCCAGGCCGCCGUGGACGUCACCGCGUGCACUUCGCCCAACGGGACUCUCUCCCCGCUUCUGGCGAGUCACGCUGGAUCUUCCUGA